AUGGCUGAAUUGUGCAAAAAUUGUCAGAAGGGAGUGGCUGACGAAGACGAAGCAGUAUUUUGUAAUGGAUGCGAUACUUGGAUGCAUCGUCUUUGUAUAAAUAUGUCGCAGAGGACCUACGUACGAAUUAGCAAGUCUUCCGAAGAAUGGUUUUGUGACCCAUGCAUUCAGCAGCAACCGAACAAAACAGCUAAAAGGAACAAAAAUAAGACAACAACACAAGGUAUAGGUCAAAGUAAAGAAUAUACGUUGGCUGAUGUAAUGUCCAAGUUGGAUGAUAUGGACAAGAAAUACAAUGCACUCUUCAUAAAGUACAAUGAGCAGAUCGAAAUUAAUAAAUCUCUUCAGUUAGAAGUGUCUGAAAUAAAGAAGAUACUUAAUGAACGAGAACAAAGAGAUUUGGAGAGUACUCUCAUAGUUCACGGCGUACCCAGGGAGAAUGAUGAAAAUGUUCAAGAUAUCGUCGAGAACCUGGUAACAAAAUUAGAGGUGGAAAUUCAGGGAAAAGUUCUGAGCGCCUAUAGAGUUGGAAAAACUACUGGAAGAGCGGCACCGAUCCGAAUUAGUAUGGAAAACAAGUCAGAUAAGAUAAAUAUGAUUAAAAGCUGUAAUAAAAUCAAACUUACGGCAAAAGCUCUAGGAUACAAAUCAGAUGAAAAAAUAUUCCUGAACCAUGAUUUGACUAAGGCCAAUCGACAACUUUACAAGGAAGCUCGUGAUUUCAAAUACCGGAACGGAUAUAAAUAUCUGUGGAUUAAGGAAGGUAAUAUUUUUCUUCGAAAGGAUGAUAACUCUAAAAUACUACUGGUUCGAGAUUCAAAUGAUCUGGAAAACUAA